AUCGAACCGACCCCACCACCGAAAGCUGCUGCAAAUGCAAUUACACUCCCUGCCUCCCUCUCCGCCUCCCCACACGAUCCAUCCGAAUUCGAAAAGGCGACACCAAUCCGAUUCCGAUCCGCCCUUCCACCAAUGGGAGCCGAACCGGACUGUUCGCCACCGCCGCCGCCGGAGCUGUCGCCGGAGCCGGAGAUCUCUGGCCACGACCACCGGGGAUGGAAGGCGGACAUGAUGUCGGCGCUGGGGGAAUCGGUCUCCUUCGGGCGGUUCCUCUCGGAGCCGCUCGAGUGGGGGAAGUGGUCGGCGUUCGCGCACAACCGCUACCUCGAGGAGGCUUCGAGGCAGUCGCGCCCGGGUUCCGUGGCCCAGAAGAAGGCGUUCUUCGAGGCGCACUACGCCAGGAAGCGCAAGAGCGAGGCCGACGCCGCCGAUGAUGAUGAUGAGGACCGCGCCGAUGAUGAUGAUGAGGACCGAGCCGGUGGUGAUGGCGCCCUGGAGGCGGCGUACGGCGGUGCCACCUCGUCGUCGGUGACGGAGUCUUCCUGUAUGACGGAUGAGGCACCAGGGGAGGAGAUGAGCGGCGGUGUCGAUGCCGGUGAUGAGGAUUGCAGUGGCAGUGGCGGUGAUGGGCCGGUGGGAGUUUCGGAGGAGGUGGAGGCCAUCACCGAUGCGGUUGGUCCUUUCAGGAUGGAUGCAGCCGCGGAUGAAUUGUGUCACAUGAAUGGUGAGGCACAUGUUGAUGGAGUAAUUCAUUGCUUGCAAUCGCAGGAGAAGCAAGAUUUGUGCACCGGUAAUUUGGUGGCUGCUGAUGCGGUAGAGAAGCAACCGUUGAAGGAAAUUUCUAUUGUUAAUCAGGAUAUCACAGAUUCAGUCAAGAAAAGGAGGCUCCACAUGUCGUCGCUGCUUCAGAAACCGACCAAGUUCAGCUCUCCACCCUCGGGAAAGAAAGGGCAGUCUUCAUCGGUUAAAAGGCGAUCGCUGCUGCAUUCCGCAAUGGAGAACACCGCACCUCCUGGUACUGACAGUAGCAACCAAGCAGCAACUUCGGUCCCCAAAAAGAGGUCGACACUGACAGCGCUGCACAUGUCUAUGAGUUUCACGAGAUGUGAAACGGGCAAUGCUGCCUCGAGCUUAAGAAAUAUUGGUACGACGAUUGCUGAGAGGAUUAGCCAGUUGGAGUCUGGAAGCAGGCCUGUGGAAAAAACUCAACCUGAAGAAUUCAGGCAACCAAGAAAGACAUUUUCCAGAGCUUUGCCGGAAAUUGCUCCAAGGACAUCUCAAGUGGAAGAACCAAGAUCGACCCACGUAACGAGGGUCAAAGAGAUGUUAUUUGGUUUGACAUCACCAUCAGUGCAUCAGAAAACUGGUAUAACUAAAGAAAAAGAGAGAAAAUUCAACAAUGAACCUGGGUUUAAAGAAUCACGGCAGAGCUUUUGCUUCAAAGCUAGGCCACUGCCAAAUUUCUAUCGGAAAAGUAAACAAGCGAAGGAAUCAAGUCAGCAGACUGCCCAAGAGAUCCAGCACUUGCCAAACAGUGACCAUCUACUGAGUCAUGCACACCAAAUGAGUCAAGGUGUAUCCGAGGAGAAACAAAUAUGUUGUUUCCCAAUCAGAAAGCUAUAUUAGAUCUGUUCGCUUGUUUCUUAUCUCGCUAAUUCAGGGUUUCUAGUAAAUAAUAGCUUAUUCUUUCAUUCAUAUCAGUUGUGCUGUGUUACCUAGAACACCUAAUUUGUAGUCAGGUUAUCUUCUGAAUCAUCUUGAUGGAUGCCCUUCCCAAUCUAGCAAUACUCGAGUCAAGAGUUUGUGGUUGUAAUCUGGACUGGCAUUUUCUUGCUUGGAAAAAAUGUGAAUCAAAUGUGUUGUUGGGUAGUACUAA